AUGAAGGCUGUGUCUUCCAAGAACAGCUUAGUAGCUUUCUUGCUGAUCAUUUGUUGGUGUUCCUCGGUACAAUUACUCUGCUUCUUUUCUAUUCCCACAGCAGCACAGUCCACCAAUGGAACCCUCCCUCAAGCUGAAAUUGAUGCCCUCAAAGCAAUCGCUGAUGAAUUGGGAAAACAUGACUGGGAUUUCAAUCUAAAUCCUUGUGAUGGGAACGCCAAUUGGUCAAGCCCCAAAAGGGAUCAGUACAACAACACUCUCCACUGCAACUGCACUUUUCCUGAUGGUGUUUGCCACGUUGAAAAACUAUUUCUUAAAGGUCAGGAUUUACAAGGUGUCCUCCCGCCUUCACUCGCCAAGUUACCCUACCUCAAGACAAUUGAUCUCACCAGGAACUACCUUAGCGGCACCAUUCCUCCAGAAUGGGCAUCUAUGAAUUUGGAAUAUCUCUCUGUCAUUGUUAAUCGCUUAUCUGGUCCAAUCCCGGCGUACCUAGGAAACAUAACAACGCUUGUAUAUGUGAGUCUAGAAAGCAACAUGUUUAAUGGAACAAUUCCAGAUGAGCUAGGGAAACUGGAGAAUUUGGCAAAUCUCAUUCUCAGUGCUAAUAAUCUCACCGGUGAUUUACCGACAGCACUCAAUAAUCUUACAAAACUGCAGGAACUUAGGCUGAGCAGUAACAAUUUCACUGGAAGUUUGCCUAAUUUUCAGAACUGGACUAACCUACAAUAUCUUGAGCUCGAAGCUACUGGUUUCCAAGGACCCAUACCUUCCAGCAUUUCUGCCUUGCAAAGUUUAACAGAAUUAAGGAUCAGUGACCUGAAUGGAAGUGCUGCUGAGUUUCCACAAUUACGAGGGAUGACAAACAUGAGUAGUUUGGUGCUGAGGAACUGCAAUAUAUCUGGAAACAUUCCUGGUGACCUUGCUAAUAUGCCAAAUCUAAAGAACCUGGAUCUAAGUUUCAACAAGCUCGAGGGUGGGAUUCCUGAUUUAUCUGGCGUACCAAAUUUGGAGACCAUGUAUUUGACGGGCAAUGCUCUUACUGGACCUAUUCCAGACUGGAUCAAGAGUUCGGAUGCUAAACAUCAGAUUGAUCUUUCAUACAACAACUUCUCACCGGACUCGGAGCCUUCAACUUGUCGUGAAACCCUAAAUUUGUAUAGAAGCUGUGAUGAUGGAAAACCGUUCGCGCAGGCCAAAUGUCUGCAACCUUGUUCCAAAGACUACUAUUCUUUACAUAUCAACUGUGGGGGAGACAAAACUACAGCUGGGAACAGGAUUUUUGAUGCAGAUCUAGAUCCAGGUGGUCCUGCAAAAUUUGUCCCAAACUACAUUGAGAGCUGGGGAACCAGUAAUACUGGUGAUUUUUGGGGCGUGAAUAGUAGUGUUUACACAGCACAGAAUGUCUCUGUUAUUACAGCAAACGACUCGGGAUUGUACGCAUCAGCUCGACGGUCUCCUUUAUCUCUAACUUACUACGGUCGCUGUCUGGCGAAUGGAAAUUACACUGUGACACUUCACUUUGCUGAGAUAAUUCUUAGGGACACUCGAUCUUAUCAAAGCCUUGGAAGACGGAUAUUUGAUGUCUACAUCCAGGGUGAACGGAUAUUAAAGGAUUUUGACAUUGAAGAAGAAGCACAAGGAGUUGACAAGCCUGUACAGAAAGAAUAUAGAGGAGUACUGGUGGACAAUGGAAUUUUAGAAAUACGCCUUGCUUAUGCAGGAAAAGGAUCAACUGCUGUGCCAAGGAGGGGAACAUAUGGACCUUUGAUUUCUGCUAUAUCAGUACAAUCCGAAUUUCCUCCUCCUUCCAAAGGAAAGAAGAAGAUCUUCAUUGCAGUGGGAACCUCGGUUGCUGCGUUAGUCACCAUUCUCGCAGUCCUAGGUAUCAUGUGGAGGAGACAGUAUGCAAGAAACCAUAUAUCAAGAGAGGAAGAACUGAAAGGAUUAGACUUGCGGACUGGUAUAUUCACGUACAGACAGAUUCAAGCUGCAACUGAGAAUUUCAGUGCUGAGAAUAAGAUUGGAGAAGGUGGUUUUGGAGCUGUUUAUAAGGGUACAUUGUUGGACGGAACAAUCAUUGCUGUUAAGCAGCUAUCUCAAAAAUCAAAACAAGGGAAUCGUGAAUUCGUGAAUGAAGUAGGAAUUAUUUCGGGUCUGCUGCACCCAAAUGUAGUGAGAUUGUACGGAUGUUGUAUCGAAGGAAAUCAGCUUUUCCUGGUCUAUGAGUACAUGGAGAACAACAACCUAGCACGCGCGCUCUUCGGUCCAGAGGAGUUGCAACUGGAAAUGGACUGGCCAACAAGGCAAAGGAUUUGUGUUGGAAUUUCAAAAGGCUUAGCUUUCCUUCAUGAUGAGUCAACUUUAAAAAUUGUUCAUCGAGACAUCAAAACCAACAACAUCCUUCUCGAUAAAGAGCUGAAUCCAAAAAUUUCCGACUUCGGUUUAGCCAAACUUGAUGAGGAGGAGAACACACAUAUUAGCACUAGAGUUGCAGGAACAAUCGGGUACAUGGCACCUGAAUAUGCUUUAUGGGGCUACUUAACAUUUAAAGCGGAUGUGUACAGCUUUGGAAUUGUUGCCUUAGAAAUUGUAGCUGGAAAGAGCAAUAUGGCUUACCGGCCGAGUGAAGAUUAUGUUUGUCUUCUUGAUUGGGCCCUCGUUCUACAAACCAAAGGAAGCUUGUUGGAGCUGGUGGAUCCGAGAUUGGGUUCUAAUUUCAAUGAGGAAAAGGCACUGAGAAUGAUCAAAGUAGCACUUAUGUGCACCAAUCCAUCCCCUGCACUCAGGCCUACCAUGUCAUCUGUAGUUAGUCUGCUUGAAGGUCGUUCACGCGACGAUGAUCUGACAUCAGACCCAAGUAUUUACCAUGACGGGCUAAAACUUCAAGGUCUGAGAGACAAAUAUUCUGAGUUGCAGCAAUCCACCAGCUCCCAUUCAGUUUCUAAUCCAUCCGAGAAAGAUACCACUUCUUUGUCAUCUACCAGAAGCUAA